GUUGCUGUAGGACUAAAACCCUCAGCUGUUUCUCACAGAGUCUCUGUAUCUCUGCUAUAGUGGAAGUUUAGAUGGAGAAUUCAGCUAUGAAGAAGAAGAAGCAAGUGCUUCUCUAUUACUGUGUUGAGAUGGAAGAUGUUGCUCGCAAAAUAGCUUCGGAAUCCGAUUAUAUUAUCCUCCAUUCUAUUAACUGGAGGAGUUUUGCUGAUGGUUUCCCAAAUCUCUUUAUAAACAAUGCACAUGAUAUCCGCGGGCAGCAUGUUGCUUUUCUAGCAUCUUUCAGCUCACCUGCAGUCAUCUUUGAACAGCUUUCUGUGAUAUUCGCACUUCCAAGGCUGUUUGUCGCCUCAUUUACGCUUGUGUUACCUUUCUUCCCAACUGGUACCUUUGAGAGGAUGGAAGAAGAAGGAGAUGUGGCCACUGCAUUUACCAUGGCCAGAAUAAUAUCAAAUAUUCCAAUAUCAAGGGGUGGUCCGACCAGCUUAGUUAUCUAUGACAUACAUGCAUUGCAGGAGAGGUUCUAUUUUGGAGAUCAUGUGCUGCCUCUGUUUGAGACUGGAAUUCCACUGCUGAAGCAACGGCUUCAGCAGCUUCCUGACUCUGAAAAGAUAGUUAUAGCCUUUCCUGAUGAUGGAGCUUGGAAGAGGUUUCACAAGCAACUAGUUCAUUAUCCCACUGUUAUCUGCACUAAAGUGCGUGAAGGUGAUAAGAGAAUUGUCAGGCUAAAAGAGGGUAAUCCUGCUGGCUGUCAUGUGGUCAUUGUUGAUGAUUUGGUCCAGUCCGGAGGUACCCUAAUUGAAUGCCAGAAAGUUUUGGCCGCUCAUGGUGCAUCAAAAGUUAGUGCUUAUGUGACCCAUGGAAUUUUCCCAAACCGGUCAUGGGAGCGUUUUCUUCACAAGAAUGAUGGCUCCGAGAAAGCAUUCACUUACUUUUGGACCACGGAUUCAUGUCCUCAUACUGUGAAAGCCGUCGCUAAUAAUGCUCCAUUUGAAGUUAUUAGUUUGGCAGGAUCAAUAGCUGAUGCUCUUCAAAUCUAAGAAUACUAGCCAGGAUCAAUUUGCUGUUGUAACAGAUACUUGUCUUGUUGCUUCCCCAUGUAACAGUCACUGUUUGUUUUAUGCUAUGAACUCUUAUCAACACUACUGCCAACAUCAAAUUACAAGAAUUCAAUAGUUCCCUAGCAAUUGACAACGGGGAUUUGAUUGUUCAAUGGUGAGAACGCAACACGUGAUAGGUGGAUUAGGCGCAUGAUUGGAGUUCGAACAUGUAGACAAAAGAUCGAUAUCUCUUUAACUAUUCAACAUAACAAUAUUUCACAGGUCCUGUAACAGUCGUGUAUUUGUUUUUGAAACUGAUUUAUCA